AUGAUCUUCGCCUCUGUAGCCGCUAUUCUUGGCUCAACCAUCGCUACACCAGUUACACGCGAUGGGCAAGCUGUCCCAGACCUUCUCGCUGCACUCGGGCUCACUCAAGACCAGAAGGCUGCAGUACCAGGGUUACUCAAAAAUCUUGGCCUUGCACCAACUGAAAAUGUUGAAGCUGCAUUUACUGUACCUGAGGCUCCAGCUGGAUUCUAA